AUGCCACUGCCACCUCCGUUCGACACUGAAACGAGGGCAUGGAUCGAUUCAAUGACAGAGCCAUUUCCAUUCCAGGACACCAAAACGAGCGAAUCUGCAUGGAAGUUUAUGCCGCGGCCACCCCCAUUAGACGCGGAAAUCAAAUUGCUGGCGGCUUCAGCGCAACCUUGUCCAUGGCCCGUCAACUUCGCCAACCACUUACCAAAGCCUCCUCCGUCAAGGGAUGUUGAAUUUCGGUUUGGUAGCCGAACCAUCAAGGCCGCUGGUGCUCCUCCCCAUUACAUCUACGGCAACGUUCUCCGACUCAAGAUCCGUCACAACUUCUACGACCGAUUAGUGCAGUCGCUCUUCUCGAUUGCAUCAAGAUUGACAGGGUCUCUCUUACCCAACAAAUUUCCGGAAUGGUUUCUCCCAGACGAAAUCGUCCUCAAAUCCGAAAAGGAUGACUGGGAAGAAGAAUUCGACAAGGAGAUCGUAGCCUACAACAAGCUACGGCCCAUCCAAGGAGACACCAUUCCAAGGUACUAUGGCUGCACCACCUACAACAACAGACGAGCAAUCGUCGUCUCUGACGUCGGAGGAUUUUGUCUAAAUAACGCAGAAGGCGCUGUUUUGAGUAAAGAAGAUCUAGAGCCCCUGAUAUACCAGUCUCUGAGAUCUCUGAACGCAUAUGGCGUCGAACAUUGUGAUCCCAAACUAGACAAUUACAUGCUGGUCACGGAUAAUGGGAGAGACAAGAUCGUCGUAAUCGACUUGGAGAAAGUCGAGUUUGGGCGAACCGGGGAGGAGCUGCUUCCCGCAACUGAGUGUGACACGGGAUGGCUUGGGCGCCAGUACGAGUUGUUUUUGGAGGGUAGGAAGUUGGAAGGCAUUGUAUUGCCUAGUCGGCCUGUCAGGCUAUGA